GUGAAGUGAGUUUAUGAACUGGUGUCUCCAUGCUUCUUCUUCCCUGUGUGGGAGGAGUUCACACAGAUUUGUAUUCCUCAUGCACACGCACAGACAGCAGCAGCAGCAGCGGCAGCGCUUCAGUUUGAGGCAGAGCACAGCGGGGGAAACCUCCAUCUACUCUCACUGACGGCUUGUUUUUAUCACCACUGAGGAAACGCCUCGCUCCUUGACCUUACUGUCUCUGAUUUAUGCUGCGUGGGGACGAAAUCUGAUCGGGCUCUUCGGAAAACAUACAGUGGAGACAAACGCUGGUCUGCAGUCUGCAGCACAACACAUCAUCUGAAAACCGGAGGAGAACCCAACGCCCUUCCCAGACUGACCAUGCAUGGGAUGAUGUGUAAUGGAGAUCAAAGAAUGCUGGUAUGGUUUCGCGUGGAUAAGUAUGGACCAUUGACACAUUGAGGUGCCUCUCCUGUGCAUGUUUUUUGGAUCGCUUUACGGGAUCAUAACCUGGUGGUUUUCCUUCAGUCUCCAAGCCAUCGAGUUUGAAAGCUAAAUAACCAAUGAAUCGGGAGCCUGGAAGCCUCGAGCUGGUCUUCACAUGCUUGUAGAAUCAAGGUUGCUAUGUGAUUUAUUGAUCGGCAUACAUUCGUCAUAAAAUGGGGAACGGUUUCUCCAACAUUGCUGCGUUCCAGUCCCUGCACAUUGUGAUGCUGGGAUUGGAUUCGGCCGGUAAAACCACUGUACUGUAUCGGUUAAAGUUCAACGAAUUCGUCAACACCGUCCCAACCAUCGGCUUCAACACCGAGAAGAUCAGACUCAGCAAUGGCACCGCCAAAGGCAUCAGCUGUCACUUCUGGGACGUCGGUGGCCAGGAGAAGCUGAGACCCCUGUGGAAAUCCUACAGCCGCUGUACGGACGGUAUUAUUUACGUGGUGGACUCCGUAGACGUCGACCGACUCGAGGAAGCCAAGACGGAGCUGCAUAAAGUCACCAAAUUCGCGGAGAAUCAAGGAACUCCUCUGCUGGUGAUCGCCAAUAAGCAGGACCUCCCUAAAUCCCUGACGGUCACCGAGAUCGAGAAACACCUGGCCCUCCAUGAACUGAGUCCCUCCACCACGUACCACGUCCAGCCGGCCUGCGCCAUCAUCGGCGAGGGUCUCCAUGAAGGGAUGGACAAACUAUAUGAGAUGAUCGUCAAACGAAGGAAAUCUCUUAAACAGAAGAAGAAGCGAUAGACAAUUACGGAUUUGCAGAGACUUUAAAGGGAUAGUUCACCCAACUCCGUCAUCGUUUACUCACCUCAUGUUGUCUCAAACCUGUGCGACUCACCUUCUUCUGUUUUUGUCCGUACAAUGAAGGUCAGUGGGGUCCAGAACUGUGUGGACACCACUGACUUUCACUGAACGAAAUCAGGGGAAAAAAUACAAUAAAAUCAUCUUUUUGUGUAUUGUAGAAAAAGGAAAGUUGUACAGGUUUGGGAUGACAUGAAGGUGAGUGGAUGAUGACAGAAUUGCCAUUUUUGGGUAAACUAAAUGUUGCCAUUAAAGACAUGAUGGGGUUUGCCCUAGGGUGUGCAGGAUUUGGUAACACUUCACAGUAACUUUCAAUAAUAUCAAAAUGCUCAAUAGAUCAUUAAUCAAUGUUCAUUUAUAGUGUCUGAAACAUUCAUACAUAUUAAUGUUUGAAUCUACAUGAGCUCUUGAUCUGUUCAAAAAGGUAGCUUAAAUAAAAAGACUAAAUAAAUGAUAAAGAGUAAAUUAAAGUAAUAUUUGCUUGUUUUGCAACAUAGCAACUUUGCCUCAACCAAUAGCAUGACUGCUACGGAAACCAAUCUUUAUUUCAGCGAUUCGGUUUUGGUGCUGCUUUUUGCGCAGAAAUUACAAAUUUUAAGCAUGUUUCUUAUUGAAGUUAUUCUUGAAAGUUACUAUUAAGUGUUACUGUGGAUGGAAAAAAGUGCUUAAAUAAUAUGCUUACAUAGAACCAAAAACGUAAAUAGCAAAAAAAAAAAAAAAAAAAAAAA